AUGUCUCGCCUUACGAUCGUAUUUGUCAUCGCAGCUGUGUGUGGAGUACUCGGAGAAGGUGUGACAAAGGACAGUCCCGCUGACUCCCGUGCCGCCCAGAGUGGAAUUGUAUCCUAUGCCUCGUCUGGUUACGGCGGUGGAUAUGGACUCGGUGCGUCUGCUGCUGGAAUCAGCUCAGGUCUUAUCGGUGCUGGAUCUGGAGUAGUUAUCGGUGGACCGGGCAUCAUUGGUGGAGGUGGCAACCUUAACAAUGCUGCCGCUGUUGGUGCUGCUCAAUUAAGCGCUAUUCAGAACGCUCAGGCUGUCCAAGCUACGCAGAUUGCCAAUGCCGCCGCUGCUGCUAUUCAAGGUGCUCGUGUAACUGAAGCCGCUGCUAGAGCUGGACAAGCAAAUGCUAUCCAAAGGGCCCAGGCAUUAGAUGCUGCUCGUAUCGCCAAUGUACAAAGAGCUCAAGCCGCUGCAUUUGAAAAUGCUCGCGCUUCUGAAGCGGCAAGACGAGCUGCUGCAGCUUCAGCUGCUGAGAUCGGCCGUGCCGUUGAGGCUGAACGCAUUGCCAAUGCUGCCCGCGUACAAGCUGCUGCUAUUUCCAACGCACGUGCCGUAGAGGCCGCACGUAUUGCUAACGCUGCGAGAUCUCAAGCUGCUGCCGUCGCCACUAGCGCCGCUCAGGCUCAGGCUGUUGCCGAUGCGGUAGCCCGCAAUGCUCAGGAUGGUGCUUUGUUGUACGGCGGUGGAGCCGGUCUUGGUGGUGGAUUAGUUGGUGUUGCACCAAUUGCCGCUGGUUACGGAUACGGUCUUGGCGGCGGAUACGGUCUCGGCGGCGGAUAUGGUUUGGGCGGCGGAUACGGUCUUGGAGGCGGAUACGGUCUCGGCGGCGGAUACGGUCUUGGCGGAGGAUACGGUCACGGUAAAGCGUAAAUAAAUUCUGUAAUAGUGCUUACAUCAAAUUAUGUAUUAGUGAUGACACCAAAUGAUAUAGAUAGAAAAAAAUAUAUUUCUUCA